AUGGACUUCCACACCCGCUGGAAAGCGCGCAGCCCGCGCCGCCCGGGCGCCCCGCUGUCGCCGCCGCUGCUGCUGCCGCUGCUGUUGCUGUGGGCGCUGCCUUCGAGCCGCGCAGCUCAGCCAGCAGAUCUCCUGAAGGUUCUAGAUUUUCACAAUUUGCCUGAUGGAAUAACAAAGACAACAGGUUUCUGUGCAACACGGAGAUCUUCCAAAGGCCCCGACAUUGCCUACCGAGUCAGCAAAGAUGCCCAGCUCAGCGCACCCACCAAACAGUUGUACCCAGCAUCUUCGUUUCCCGAGGACUUCUCCAUUCUUACUACCGUGAAAGCCAAGAAGGGCAGCCAGGCCUUCCUGGUGUCUGUCUACAACGAGCAGGGCAUACAGCAGAUCGGCCUGGAGAUGGGCCGCUCCCCUGUCUUCCUGUAUGAGGAUCACACAGGGAAGCCGGGUCCAGAGGACUACCCCCUCUUUAGGGGCAUCAACCUAUCGGAUGGCAAGUGGCACAGAAUUGCUCUCAGUGUUCACAAGAAAAACGUCACUCUGGUCCUGGACUGUAAGAAGAAGACCACCAAGUUCCUGGACCGCAGUGACCACCCCAUCAUUGACGUCAAUGGCAUUAUUGUCUUCGGCACUAGGAUCCUAGAUGAGGAAGUGUUUGAGGGUGACAUCCAGCAGCUGCUCUUCGUCUCAGACCACCGAGCAGCUUACGAUUACUGCGAGCACUACAGUCCUGACUGUGACACUGCAGUCCCUGACACCCCCCAGUCACAGGACCCCAACCUCGAUGAAUAUUACCCAGAUGGAGAGGGUGAGGGUGACACCUACUACUAUGAGUAUCCAUACUACGAAGACACUGACGACCUGGGCAAAGACCCCACCCCCACCAAGAAGCCUGUGGAAGCUGCUCGAGAAACCACAGAGAUUCCUGAGGAGCUGACCCUGCCACCCACAGAAGCUCCUCCUGUGCCUGAAACCAGCGAGGGGACCGGGAAGGAGGAUGACCCUGGCAUAGGGGACUACGACUACAUGCCGAGCGAGGACUACUACACACCUCCCCCUUAUGAGGAUAUCAAUUACGGCGAGGGUGUUGAGAACCCUGAGCAGCCCACUGACACUGGGCUAGAGGCUGAAAUUCCCACCAGCACUGUGGUCACCACCAAUUCAUCCAACCCAGCACUGCCCCCAGAGGAAGGGAGGGAUGAUUUUGAAGGGGAGUUCACCGAGGAAACCAUCAAGAAUCUUGAUGAGAACUACUACGAUCCGUACUUUGACCCUACUAUCUCCCCGUCAGAGAUCGGGCCGGGAAUGCCGGCCAACCAAGACACCAUCUACGAAGGGAUUGGAGGACCUCGGGGUGAGAAGGGCCAAAAGGGAGAACCUGCAAUCAUCGAGCCAGGCAUGCUCGUAGAAGGGCCACCUGGCCCUGAAGGCCCCGCUGGUCUUCCAGGACCUCCAGGAACUACAGGUCCCACUGGCCAAGUGGGUGACCCUGGAGAGAGGGGUCCCCCUGGACGCCCUGGCCUCCCCGGGGCCGACGGCCUGCCUGGCCCUCCUGGGACCAUGCUCAUGCUGCCUUUCCGGUUUGGAGGGGGUGGAGAUGCAGGCUCCAAAGGCCCCAUGGUCUCAGCCCAGGAGUCUCAAGCCCAAGCCAUUCUGCAACAAGCCCGGUUGGCGCUGAGGGGACCAGCUGGUCCAAUGGGUCUCACUGGCAGACCGGGUCCUGUGGGUCCCCCUGGGAGCGGAGGCCUGAAAGGAGAGCCUGGAGACAUGGGGCCGCAGGGACCCCGAGGGCUGCAGGGCCCUCCUGGCCCCUCAGGAAAGCCUGGAAGAAGGGGACGGGCUGGGAGUGAUGGAGCAAGAGGAAUGCCUGGACAAACUGGCCCCAAGGGUGACCGUGGUUUUGAUGGCUUAGCUGGACUGCCGGGUGAGAAGGGCCAGCGGGGUGACCCUGGACCUUCUGGCCCCCCAGGACCUCCGGGAGAAGAUGGAGACAGGGGUGAUGAUGGAGAAGUUGGGCCCCGCGGGCUUCCUGGGGAACCUGGCCCUCGAGGUCUGCUUGGGCCAAAGGGGCCCCCCGGCCCUCCUGGGCCCCCGGGUGUGACAGGCAUGGACGGCCAGCCUGGCCCAAAAGGAAAUGUGGGUCCCCAGGGAGAACCUGGCCCCCCAGGCCAGCAGGGUAAUCCAGGUGCCCAGGGUCUUCCUGGCCCCCAGGGUGCGAUCGGACCUCCAGGAGAAAAGGGCCCCUUGGGUAAACCAGGGCUCCCAGGGAUGCCUGGUGCUGAUGGACCCCCGGGGCACCCUGGUAAAGAAGGCCCCCCAGGAGAGAAAGGAGCACAGGGUCCACCUGGCCCACAGGGUCCGAUUGGCUAUCCAGGCCCUCGAGGUGUCAAGGGGGCAGACGGCAUCCGAGGCUUGAAGGGCACCAAAGGCGAGAAGGGUGAAGACGGCUUUCCUGGGUUUAAAGGAGACAUGGGCAUCAAGGGUGACCGGGGAGAGAUUGGACCACCUGGUCCCCGAGGCGAGGAUGGCCCUGAAGGUCCAAAGGGUCGAGGAGGUCCCAAUGGUGACCCUGGCCCCCUAGGGCCCCCUGGGGAGAAGGGGAAGCUUGGAGUCCCAGGAUUGCCAGGGUACCCGGGAAGACAAGGGCCCAAGGGUUCCAUUGGAUUUCCUGGGUUUCCUGGUGCCAAUGGAGAGAAGGGCGGCAGGGGGACUCCUGGAAAGCCAGGACCAAGGGGACAGCGUGGCCCAACGGGUCCACGGGGUGAGAGAGGCCCACGGGGCAUCACCGGGAAGCCUGGGCCCAAGGGCAACUCUGGAGGUGACGGCCCAGCUGGCCCUCCCGGGGAACGGGGACCCAAUGGACCUCAAGGACCCACGGGAUUUCCUGGACCCAAGGGCCCCCCUGGACCCCCAGGCAAGGAUGGGCUCCCCGGACACCCUGGACAGAGAGGCGAGACUGGAUUCCAAGGCAAGACCGGCCCUCCCGGCCCCCCAGGUGUGGUUGGCCCUCAGGGUCCAACUGGAGAGACUGGCCCAAUGGGGGAGCGUGGCCACCCUGGGCCUCCGGGGCCUCCCGGUGAGCAGGGGCUCCCAGGCAUGGCUGGAAAAGAGGGGACGAAGGGUGACCCCGGCCCCGCCGGCAUCCCUGGGAAGGAUGGACCCCCAGGACUGCGUGGCUUCCCUGGGGACAGAGGUCUUCCUGGACCAGUGGGAGCUCUUGGUCUGAAAGGCAAUGAAGGCCCUCCUGGUCCCCCUGGGCCUGCGGGAUCUCCGGGGGAGAGAGGUCCUGCUGGUGCUGCUGGGCCCAUUGGAAUUCCAGGGCGCCCUGGGCCUCAGGGCCCUCCAGGGCCGGCUGGAGAGAAAGGGGCUCCUGGUGAGAAAGGGCCACAAGGCCCCGCUGGCCGAGAUGGUCUUCAGGGCCCCGUGGGGCUCCCUGGCCCAGCAGGCCCUGUGGGUCCCCCUGGAGAAGAUGGAGAUAAGGGUGAGAUCGGAGAGCCAGGACAGAAAGGGAGCAAGGGAGACAAAGGCGAGCAGGGUCCUCCCGGGCCUACAGGUCCUCAAGGCCCCAUUGGUCAGCCAGGCCCCUCCGGGGCAGAUGGAGAGCCAGGACCUAGGGGCCAGCAGGGCCUUUUCGGGCAGAAAGGUGAUGAGGGCCCACGAGGUUUCCCGGGCCCCCCGGGCCCUGUGGGGCUGCAGGGCUUGCCAGGACCUCCAGGGGAGAAGGGUGAGACAGGAGAUGUGGGCCAGAUGGGCCCCCCAGGUCCCCCUGGCCCCCGAGGACCCUCUGGAUCUCCAGGUGCUGAUGGGCCACAAGGCCCUCCAGGUGGAAUCGGAAACCCUGGAGCAGUGGGUGAGAAGGGUGAGCCUGGAGAAGCUGGGGAACCUGGUCUUCCAGGAGAAGGGGGCCCCCCGGGGCCCAAAGGAGAGAGGGGGGAAAAGGGCGAGUCAGGCCCUUCUGGUGCUGCUGGACCCCCCGGACCCAAAGGCCCCCCUGGAGAUGACGGACCCAAAGGCAGCCCUGGCCCUGUGGGCUUCCCUGGAGAUCCUGGUCCCCCUGGAGAGCCAGGCCCUGCGGGUCAAGAUGGUCCACCUGGGGACAAAGGAGAUGAUGGUGAACCUGGGCAAACGGGAUCUCCAGGUCCGACUGGUGAGCCGGGUCCAUCAGGGCCUCCAGGAAAAAGGGGUCCCCCUGGGCCUGCAGGCCCCGAAGGCAGACAGGGAGAGAAAGGAGCCAAGGGAGAAGCCGGCUUGGAAGGCCCUCCUGGGAAGACUGGCCCCAUCGGCCCCCAGGGGGCACCAGGGAAGCCCGGGCCUGAUGGCCUGCGGGGGAUCCCUGGGCCUGUGGGUGAACAAGGUCUCCCAGGAUCCCCAGGCCCAGAUGGUCCCCCUGGCCCCAUGGGCCCACCUGGACUCCCUGGCCUCAAAGGAGACUCAGGUCCCAAGGGUGAAAAGGGUCAUCCAGGCUUGAUUGGACUCAUUGGGCCUCCAGGUGAACAGGGGGAGAAGGGUGACCGAGGCCUCCCUGGCCCACAGGGCUCAUCCGGCCCCAAGGGAGAGCAGGGUAUCACUGGUCCUUCUGGCCCAAUUGGCCCCCCGGGACCCCCUGGCUUACCGGGUCCUCCUGGUCCAAAAGGCGCCAAGGGCUCCUCGGGUCCCACUGGCCCAAAGGGUGAGGCAGGCCAGCCAGGGCCUCCUGGCUUGCCGGGCCCCCCAGGCGAAGUCAUCCAGCCCCUGCCGAUCCAGGCAUCCAGGACUCGGCGGAACAUUGAUGCCAGCCAGCUGAUGGAUGAGGGGAAUGGUGAGAACUACAUGGAUUAUGCCGAUGGCAUGGAGGAAAUCUUCGGCUCACUCAACUCCCUGAAGCUAGAGAUCGAGCAGAUGAAGCGGCCACUGGGCACUCAGCAGAACCCCGCCCGCACCUGCAAGGACCUGCAGCUCUGCCACCCUGACUUCCCCGACGGUGAAUACUGGGUGGACCCCAACCAAGGGUGCUCCAGGGACUCAUUCAAAGUCUACUGUAACUUCACAGCUGGCGGGGCUACAUGUGUCUUCCCAGACAAGAAGUCCGAAGGGAGUAAAAUGGCCCGCUGGCCCAAAGAGCGGCCCUCCACCUGGUAUAGUCAGUACAAGCGCGGGUCCCUGCUCUCCUAUGUGGAUGCCGAAGGCAACCCUGUGGGUGUGGUGCAGAUGACCUUCCUGCGGCUGCUCAGUGCCUCCGCCCACCAAAAUGUCACCUACAACUGCUACCAGUCAGUCGCCUGGCAGGAUGCCACCACGGGAAGCUACGACAAAGCCAUCCGUUUCCUGGGCUCCAAUGAUGAGGAGAUGUCUUAUGACAACAGCCCCUACAUCCGUGCCCUGGUAGAUGGCUGUGCGACAAGGAAAGGCUAUCAAAAGACUGUGCUGGAGCUCGACACCCCCAAAGUGGAGCAAGUACCCAUCGUGGAUAUCAUGUUCAAUGACUUCGGUGAAGCGUCACAGAAAUUUGGGUUUGAAGUAGGGCCAGCAUGCUUCAUGGGCUAG